AUGCUGGCCGACUUGAAGAUCAGAAAAACAAAAGUGCGUGAAGAAGCAAAGUAUGUUGUUUUUGUAAAUAAAUAUUAUAAUUUAAUUGAUGAGGUGAAGUUCAUUGAUGUGUUGGACAAAACGAACAUUCGAUGGCUUGCAGACAUUUCGAACAAAUUUGCGAUGAAGUUUAUGGCAGAUUUGAAGCCAACGAUGAGUAAAAUGUUGGAAACUUGUCUUACUUUCGAUCCCAGUUUUUCCGACAGUCAAAAUUCUGCGUUGUUCCACUCAAAUCUUCCGGUUUAUUUGCUCGGCAAAACGUACAAAUCCAGAGAAGAUAUGGAGGCUAUCAAAAAAUUUUUCGUAUCUCUGCUAUGGUUCACAUAUCGCAAGAAUUUUCAACCAAUAGGUGGUACAGGACCAAAAAGUGAUCAAGGAUGGGGUUGUAUGCUACGCUGCGGUCAAAUGCUUCUGGCUCGUGCCCUGAUCGUACGCCAUCUCGGCUCAGAUUGGCUAUGGAAUAGGGAUGCCAAGGAAGACGAUUACAAGCGUAUUUUACGAAUCUGUUUUAUUCGACUGUUCAUUUAA